AUGCCCCAUCAGCGAAACGUCGGUGCCAUCGUCGAAGGAGUGCUUUGCAGCUCACUUCUGAAGUUCCAACAGUGCAGGACGUUACGGUAUAGCGCCAUGACCAACAUGGAGACGUUCUACGAUACGCUGGGUCUCGUUGGCUCUUUCCUCGUCUCGGCGGCGCUGGUCCCGCAGAUAGUGAAAGUAUUUCGAUCCAAGAGCGCCAAGGACAUCUCGAAAGCCUUUCAAUCAGUCUUUGUCGUCGGCAUCGCGUGCAUCACAGUGUAUGGCAUGGGCGAGGGUCUAUGGCCCAUCUGGAUCCCGUCGACGCUCGAGCUGUUCGGCGGAAUCGUCCUGCUGGUCAUGAAGCAUUACUACGACUGGUGCGAUACCAAGCGCGUCGAGAAGGAGCAGGAGGAGACGCUUGCAGCCGUCGCCACCGAGGAGGCAGUGCUGACGCCGUCCACCGCCGCAUAUGCAGCAAGCAGAACACCACGAUCAGCCAAAAGCAAUACAUGUAAUUAA